AUGGCGGCCCCGUUGGAAGACGCGCGGGACACCGUGGAAGACGAAGAAAGGGAGGCUGUCAACGAUGCAGAACUGGCACUCCGAGGCAUUAAUUUGCUUCUCAAUAAUGGAUUUAAGGAGAGCGACAAGCUUUUCAGAGCGCACAGAAACCACAGCCCUCUCAUGAGCUUUGGCGCCAGUUUUGUCAGUUUUCUGAAUGCCAUGAUGACAUUCGAAGAGGAGAAAAUGCAGUUGGCGUCCGAAGACCUAAAAGCCACAGAGAGGCUAUGCGAGAGCGAAAACGCUGGCAUCAUUCAAACUCUCAAAAACAAGAUGAAACGUUCGACGGACCCUUGGAGGUCAGGGUUGGCGGCUGUGGAACGACUCCAGAGGCAGAUCAUCAUUGCUGACUGCCAGGUUUAUCUUGCUGUGCUCGCUUUUACUAAACAAGAACUCUCAGCGUACAUAAAAGGAGGCUGGAUCCUCCGCAAAGCUUGGAAAGUGUACGACAAAUGUUACUGUGACAUCACACAGCUGCAGGAAUGCAGCGGCAGCGUUGGUGGCGGCAGCGGUAGGAGGAGAAGGAAAGCCUCUGAGCAGCAGGUCUCAUCAACCACGCCAAGCCCUUCCCCGCGGCCAGACUGCAUCAGUGCCGAAGACCUGGAUCGGCUCAAGGGCUCGGUCAGCUUCGGCUACGGCCUUUUCCACCUGUGCAUCUCCAUGGUUCCCCCGCACCUUCUCAAGAUCGUCAACCUGCUGGGUUUUCCCGGCGACCGUCUCCAUGGCCUGUCGGCGCUCACAUACGCUAGCGAGAGUAAAGACAUGAAGGCCCCCUUAGCCACCCUGGCCCUUCUGUGGUACCACACGGUAGUGCAGCCCUUCUUCGCCCUGGACGGCAGCGAUAGCCACUCGGGCCUUGCGGAGGCCAAAGCAAUUCUCCGUGAGCGGGAGACCAUUUACCCUGACUCGUCACUCUUCAUGUUCUUUAAAGGCAGAAUCCAGCGUCUUGAGAGUCAGAUGAGCGCUGCCUUGACAUCUUUCAAUAACGCCUUACAGCUGGCCUCAGAACAGAGGGAGAUCCAGCAUGUGUGCUUGUAUGAAAUUGGGUGGUGCAACAUGAUCGAGCUGAACUACUCUGAGUCUUUCAAGGCCUUCGAGCGUCUGAAGAACGAGUCUCGCUGGUCCCAGUGCUACUACGCGUAUUUGACCGGAGUUUGCCAAGGAGCCAUGGGCGACCUGCAGGGAGCCACGAGUGUUUUCAACGACGUCCCAAAACUGUUCAAACGCAAGAACAAUCAAAUAGAGCUCUUCUCCUUGAAAAAGGCAGAGAAGCUAAGGACCCCUAGUUUGUCCAAAGAGUUGUGCAUCCUCUCCGUCAUUGAGAUUCUUUAUCUGUGGAAAGCGCUCUGCAACUGCUCCACUAGUAAACUUCACUCAAUGUUAGAAGUCCUGCAGGCAAUUGAUGACGCGUCCUGCGCGGGCCUGAAAAACCUGCUUUUGGGCAUUGUGAGCAAAUACCUCAAUAACACAAAAGAAGCCAUUCAGUAUUUCCAAGUGGCCUCGCGCGACGAGAUCGGCCUGGUGAGCAACUCGUACGUUCAACCUUACGCCUGCUACGAACUGGGCUGCAUACUCAAUGAUUCAGAGUCUGCAGCCAAAGGCCACAUGUUGAUGCUUCAGGCGAAGGAGGACUUUGCAGGCUACGACUUUGAAAACAGACUUCACGUGCGAAUCCACUCAGCUCUCGCCUCCAUGAGAGCCGCAGGUCAUCAUUGA